CUUUUCAAAGCAGCCAAGAUGGCGGAGUACGAUCUCACGACCAAGAUAGCACAUUUUCUCGACCGGCAUUUGGUUUUUCCCCUUCUGGAAUUCCUUUCCGUGAAAGAGAUCUACAAUGAAAAGGAGCUUCUCCAAGGCAAGCUGGACCUCCUCAGCGAAACCAACAUGGUGGACUUCGCCAUGGACGUGUACAAGAACCUUUAUCCUGACAAGGAGAUCCCACAUUCCUUGAGGGAGAAGAGGGGCACUGUGGUGGCACAGCUCAAGCAGCUCCAGUCGGAGACGGUCCCCAUCGUCAAGAUGUUUGAGGACCCCGAGACGACGAGGCAGAUGCAGUCCACCAGAGACGGGAGGAUGCUCUUCGAUUAUCUGUCAGAGAAGCACAAUUUCCGCCAAGAGUACCUGGACACGCUGUACAGAUACGCCAAGUUCCAGUACGAGUGUGGAAACUACUCUGGCGCUGCAGAGUACCUCUACUUCUUCCGUGUCUUGGUUCCGUCAACUGACAGGAACGCUUUGAGUUCUCUGUGGGGCAAACUGGCCUCCGAGAUCCUCAUGCAGAACUGGGAGCCCGCCAUGGAGGACCUGACGCGACUGAGGGAGACCAUUGACAACAACUCGGUGAGCUCGCCUCUCCAGUCGCUCCAGCAGAGGACCUGGCUCAUCCACUGGUCCCUCUUCGUCUUCUUCAACCAUCCCAAAGGCCGAGACAACAUCAUCGAGCUCUUCCUCUACCAGCCUCAGUACCUGAACGCCAUCCAGACCAUGUGCCCGCAUAUCCUGCGCUACCUCACCACCGCCGUCAUCACCAACAAGGACGUGCGCAAGCGCAGACAAGUUCUCAAGGACUUGGUGAAGGUCAUUCAGCAGGAGUCGUACACGUACAAGGACCCCAUCACGGAGUUUGUGGAGUGCCUCUACGUCAACUUUGACUUCGACAGCGCCCAGAAGAAGCUGAGGGAGUGCGAGUCGGUUCUGGUCAACGACUUCUUCCUGGUGGCGUGUCUGGAGGACUUCAUUGAGAACGCUCGCCUCUUCAUCUUCGAGACCUUCUGCCGCAUCCAUCAGUGCAUCAGCAUCAAUAUGCUGGCCGACAAGCUCAAUAUGACGCCCGAGGAGGCGGAGAGGUGGAUCGUCAACCUCAUCCGCAACGCCCGGCUGGAUGCCAAGAUCGACUCCAAGCUGGGUCACGUGGUGAUGGGCAACAACGCCGUGUCGCCCUACCAGCAGGUCAUCGAGAAGACUAAGAGCUUGUCCUUCCGCAGCCAAAUGCUGGCCAUGAACAUCUGAAAAGAAGGUGGCUCACAACAACAGGAACGAGACACCAAACUGGGCUGCUCAAGACUCUGGAUUUUAUUAAAAAAAAUAAAAAGAGGAGGAGAAUGCCAAUGGCUCUUGAAAAAUAAUCACGCAACUUUUGACUGGAUUCCCACACUUGGUUUAUUCGCUUGUCAUUCCAACUGGCUGCUUGAAUUCGGUCGGCGGCACACAAUUGGGUUGCUGUCCUUUCAGAUAUGUCACCUUUAUUAUUAUUAUUGUUGUUGUUUUUUUUUUCUUUUGAGGUCAAAUAUUCUGGAAGCAGUAACCCGACAAAAAGCAAAACAAUGUCAAACCAACAUUAAAGCUUCUGCCUCUUUGGAAAACCAAUCACAGAA